AUGACUCAACUCGGCGUCUCGGUGGCAUUCUUCUUUGUGUGUCUUCUGAGUUCCUGGACUGUGGCACAAACUACAAGCUGUGGUGCUUCACAGAUAAUGAUAGAUCAACGGUGUUGCAACAUGUGCCCACCAGGUACUUUCAUGGGGAAGUUUUGUUCUGAGAAAGGUCAAACUAUCUGCAGCCCCUGCACAGAGGGGUCCUACUCGGAUAAAUACAACAUCUUCGACCGCUGUGAGCCAUGCCAGACAUGCCAACAAGGUUAUGGUAAGAAGUGUACAAAAACCACAAAGGGCACCUGUUCUUGUCGCUCUGGUUUCCUGUGCUCUAACAGCCUCUGCUCAGCUUGUGAAGAAAACAAAUGCAUCAAAGGGGAAAACCUAAUAAGGACAAAUGUUUCCUCAGAUCCACAGCUGGUGGAGUAUUCCUAUCAUUGCGAGCCUAAAUGUACCGGAAACCAAUACUUUGAUUUGCAACAGGACACCUGCAAGCAAAGGACACAAUGCAACACACAUGGAUUUGUUGAACAGUUUCCAGGGAACACAACUCAUGACUCAGUUUGUUUUAAACCUGAAAAAGACAAAGGAGAGUUCACUGAAAUAAUCCUCUGCAUCGGAUUUGUGUUGUUCUCCCUCACCCUCUUCAUUUUGGUGUCCAUUAUCUGCUCAAAGAUCAUCAAGAAGCAUGCUGCAAAGAAAAAACCCAUCCAAGCUGUCGUCAAUAAAACCAGCGAUUUCCACCUGUCGAAGGAGGAGAGCGGACUCCACCUCAUUGUCCAGGAUGAAGCCAAGAACAUGAAUAGUUUUCUCCAUCUGGAUCUGGAUCAAGUCUCCACUCUUUCAUAA